CGUGGGCGAGUGUGGAUGCGUGCCUGUGUGCAUGUGCGUUUCCGUUGAGGUACACGCGACGACGAUGACGACGAGUACCCUCCGGAUGCGGCGUGCGACGUCGUGGAGUUUCUACGUCGUCGCUUCUACCGAGCAGACAACGACUGGACUGACGAACAGGGGGACUCCGUUUAUCACAAAGUGCUUCUGACGAGGUGCUUGAACGAUAAGCUUUAUCCUCGAAGUAAUCGUUGAACGAUUAAAACGUACCGGCAGCGCCGUUUACCUAUGACAAUUCGGAAGAGCUGUCGAGAGCGAUACGAUGGCGAUCACGAGGAUGCUUGUGGAAUGAGGAGUCUUCAAUCUGAAAUCUAGAAUAUCAGAGAAGGAUGAAAAUUUACAAGCCCUAAUUUGUGAGACCGAAGGUUUCUAAGAGCUUCUUUAAAAGCUUCAGGGGAUUCAUGUUACCAAGGAUACGCGAGUUUAAUCAAAUAUUUCUGAAUAUUCGAGAAUCUAGACUCGAUGAUCAAUUUCAAGGAAGAUCUUGGAGCUUGCAAUAGAAUUCUGCACAAGAUCUUUUAGCAAUUUAUAGAAAAAGUGCGAAAGAGUCAUAAGUUUAUAAUGACCUAGAUCGAAAAUCCAUUUUAACAUCCCCGUUUUUUUUCUCUCUCCAAUGAAGCAAGAGCCUGAUAAACCGAGUCCCGCGCUGUUACUUCACACUGCCUCUUCGACUUCGAUCCGUCGACGAUUGCGCAAUCUCCGUUCAACGUGCGAAACGUCCGAUAACGAUCUUCCGUCCAGCUAAUCCGGAACGGUCAUCUAGAUCGUUCGAUUCACGCCAAUUUUUCAGAGCGGCGGGAGAUACGUGCGUGUGCCUGCGUGCAUGCGUGCGCGGUGAAUAAAAUUUGAGAGCGCGCGGUGAAAGUCGUUGCAUACACCCGCCGCGGCGUGUAUCGCUUAGUGAAUUUGAUUCACGGGUGUCGUUCACGUGCGGAUGCGCGAGAGCGAUCCUCGUUCGAUUUCGCCUGACACGUUCUGAUAAGCCCCGAGAUUUAUCUUUCCCGGCAAGUGUCCCGCGACAUUGUUGUGGAAACGUGCGUUUAAAGAAAGAGCAAACAAUAGCGGCCCUCUUGACAAACCCAAUUCUCCCACGGUGAUUCUUUAUUACGUCUCAAUUACGCUACCCCUUUUUUUCAAGCGCGUUUACCGAGUCACGCGAUCUUAUAGCGCGGUCGGACGCAGAUUCGUUCGCGGACCAUUACGUAAUACGCGCGAAAACGGCGGAGUUUUUAAUUAACGCCUGGGCCUAUUUGUCCGAAAGUCGGGGGAAAGAGCCCGCUGUUGAUCGGUCGCGACGACCGCGCUCUGCCCACCGUAGAUAUUUACGCACUUACGCAAGCAAGUCACCGGUCAGACGAGCUUACGGGAGACAACAAUGAUGUCAUGCGGCGAUGAGACAACUCGCCGCCGCUGGCGUGCACGGAUUAUUACGCAUAAACUUGGAAAAUCGCGACGCGCCUACAUGCAUGGAAAUUUUGUUUCCCCUUGUUCUAAGUUUUGCGAGAUCGCGUCGGGAGAUUAUCGAGGGUAGUUUAACGUUUUCAACGGCAAAAUUCUCGCGUUGAGACACACCGUCUGACUCAAACGACCGCCGGAAGCACGGAUUAGCCUCAGAAACGGAACCCGGCUGCGGCUUGCCUCGCGAUAGCAUCUCUCGACUCGGGUUCUCUUGCGUGGAAAAGUAGACGGCUGCAACCUAAAUUUUUACGUUAAUAAAAAAAAUUUUUUUUACUGCUCGAUAUACGAGCACCGAGCGUGUCGCUUAUUCCGCUCGCAAUUAGCGAGAGUCUCCCGAUAAGACGCGCCUCGACGCCUCCCCGAUCUUUUUUAUUAACGUCUCCAGCGUAAGUGGGUUAUCACGCGAGUCCCAAGUGAGUUGCUGAAAAAAAAAAAAAAAGUUUAUCAUUUAUCUCACGCAUUUAUUUCACUGUUCGCGUGCCGCUUCGGUUUCUAGCGGAGUUUGCCCUCAACGCUUUCUUGCGCGGUUUCUCCGUUUGACUCGCGGAUCGAGGCGAGUCGAAGCCGCCGAAAGCGCGGAGCCAGAUUUUGUCGAGGACGCAGACACGCGGAAAUAAGUUGCAGGUAUACCCGCACCGCGAACACCGGCACUUUCACCGCGCGAAGUUUUCCCCCCUGGAUCCUCUUCUCGUUAAUGAACAAUGCACGACCGUCGCCGCCGUCGCGGUUUUUCCGCCGCGGAAUUCAAUCGAGCUCCUCGCGCGCAAUGGCGCGACCUUAAAGGUCGCGUUCACAGGCCGCAUCACACUCGAGUGUUUCGCACGAGCAAUUAAACAUUUCGUAAUUUAUCGCUCGUUACUUCGGUGCGCGCCGUGAUUUGUUCUUAAUCGAAACGAUUAAUUACAACCUGUAGCGAUAAAAACGCGAAAUAUAUUCGUAAACGUUUUUUAUGCAAUCGUAAGCGUAAUUCUCUCGUGUCGCGACUUCUUAUUUUGUCUCAACGCGAGAUUAAAACGCGUUGAGAUCAUUUUAAUCAUUUAAUAUUAAAGAAUUUCGAACUUGAUGAAGAAUUAAAAUUGAGAUAAUUUGCGUGCAGAUAGAAAAUGUCUUGAAGAAUCUGAGAAUGCAGUCGACCGAGCAGCUGCGACCGGAGCAGCUGGUGGGCCUGGUGGCCCGCUCGGCUGAGGGUACGGCCGCCAAGGGGAUGCCGAUCAAGGGCCACGAGGACCUCUGGGUAGAGAUCCAAGCCAACACCUUUCGGAACUGGGUAAACGAACAUCUGAAGCACGCCAGCGACGUGGGCGGCGGCCCCGUGUUGGACCUCGCCGAGGACUUUCGAGACGGCACGCGUCUCUGCGCCCUGGUCGAGGUGCUGACGAAACGCCGGCUGCCCCGAUGGAACCCGCGACCGGCGAACCAGCACCACCAUCUGGAGAACGUGUCCACGGCGCUGCAGGCCAUCGAGGCCGAUGGCGUCAAGCUCGUCAACAUCGGUAACGUGGACAUCGUGAACGGCAACCUGAAGCUGAUCCUGGGCCUGAUAUGGUCGCUCAUCGUGCGGUACCAAAUAGGCAAGUCCAAGUUCCCGCCGAGGAAGCUGAUGCUCGCAUGGCUCAAGGCUGUCCUGCCGGAAUGCAGAGUCAAUAAUUUCACGACCGACUGGAACUCCGGCGUGUAUCUGAGCGCACUUUUGGAUUACUGCAACCCCGGCCUGUUUCCUCAUUGGCGCAAGCUCGAUCCAAAUGACAGCGUUUACAACUGUCGCAAGGCCAUGGAGAUAUCGAAGCGCGAGUUUGAUAUUCCCAUGGUGCUGGAGCCGGACUAUCUGGCGUCGCCUUACCUAGACGAGCUCUCGGGGAUGACCUACUUGUCGUACUUCAUGAAGGAAGGCUCGCCGGGCUUCCACGCAACGCUACGAUGGGUCAAUUCGCAAUUAUCACACACCUCAAUACGGAACUUCACGACGGACUGGAACGACGGUCGGGCACUGUGCGGCAUCGUCAGAAAUCUGGGCGGCCCGGCGCCACCCUAUGAGAAACUCGACACCGAUCCCUCCGCGUGGGAGCAUAACUUGCAAAUGGGUAUCGACGGCGGCAAGAAGCUGGGCGUGGAGCCGAUCCUGAAAGCGAAGGACAUGGCGGAUCAAAAUGUAGAGCAUUUAGGCGUGAUGGCGUACGCGGCGUACUUUCAGUGGGUGAAGCCUCGCCCUCAAGCGAGUCAACAGAUUGCCGUGCACGUCGACAGCACAUCCGCCCGAGUGCAACAGCCGGCACAUUUCAAGCUGGAGAUGCUUACCAAAGACGUAAACGCGCGGGAGGUGCGCGGCGAGAUCAUCAGUCCCAGCGGACGGGUGGAGUGCAGGCUCACUUGGAACGGGGUUCAUGGCAAGGGCACUUUCGUACCUACGGAAGUAGGCAUGCACAAGCUGAUGGUGUACAACGAUGGCGAGCUGGUAAACGGAUGUCCCUAUUACUUCAGGGUUUUGCCGCCGCUAACGAAAAUCAAAUCCCCGGGCAUGGAUCCUUGCGCCAUAGGAUCUAUCGUCGAGGUUCUAGUCAACAGUUACGGAACUAGUCACGAUGGUAUUGACGUAACUGCGUGGUCUCCGACCGGAAGAUCGCUGCCGUGCCCCGUCAAGGAGAAGGACGGUGUUCAUACGGCGACCUUUCAACCCGACGAGACGGGAGAAUGGAGUAUCGCGAUAACGCACAAGGGAAAUCACAUACAAGGCGGUCCCUUUACUUGCUUCGUAUUCGAUCCUAAUGGAAUCAAGCUUCUGGACACCGAAGGCGCUAUGCCUGGACAACCUUUCUCUUUCAUCGUGGACGCGCGGGGAACUGGUGGACUCGGCGACGUGAUUAUCGACAUCGUCCACGAUAAGAAAUCAGUGCCCUACAGAAUAGAGGAUUUCGGUCACAUGCAAUACCGAGUGUCCUUUGUGCCUGGCGACGAUGGAAAAUAUCGGGUAUACGUCUACUUCAACGGUUCGGAUGUGCAUGGUUCGCCGUUUUCCAUACGCGUGGGAACGCAAAAGGGCUCCCGCAGAUCAAAGGAGUCCACGUCCAGUCUGGAGCGGUCGAAGAUAUCAUCCCUGGAAAGACGAAUGAACGGGCUGAACAUGUCCGUGACGGAACGGAACAGCCCAUCCCAGAAGAUGUACACUUCGACCGCGUACAAGUCCAUCAGCCCGACGCAGCGUGGUUACUCACCUAUCCAUCAGACCAGUCCGACGUAUAAAAUGUCCAGCAACUAUGUUACCGAGAACUCGACGACCUAUCACAGCACCAACUCACUGAACCGUACUCGCUCGCCGAAUCAUAUCAAUCACAGCCCUGUGCAGAGGACGGUGCACAGUCCGUCAGUAUUGAAGGAAACGAAUAAGGAGAUUUACAGCAGCAGCGCGUACAAUCAUCGCUCGAGAUCGCCGAAUCUGCAGAGCCCUAGUUUCAUUAAGGAGUCCAAGGAUAUUUAUUCGUCUAGUACGCUCAAUAGAUCGCGAUCACCGGAUCUGAGUCCCACCGCACAUGUCAUCAAAGAAUCCAAGGACAUCUAUAAUUCGGGAUCCCUGAAGCGGUCACGUUCGCCGACUCGCAGUCCAAUGGCAUAUCCUAGUGCCACGCCAAGUCCUGUAAACCGCAGCUUUAGCCCGAGGACUGGCGAUAAAGAUGCGCUUUUUAAUCGGCGCGGAUCCACGGACAACGGUGUUGUCGACACUAGCAGUAAUGUGCGAGUGUCCUCGAUGGUGGGUGGUACCUCGAGACGCGAUUCUUGGGACGCGAUCGCCAAGACGAAGUCGUUGCUAUCGUACGGCAGUCUCGAAUCCCUCGCGAAUUUGACGAACAACUCGCCGACCGCGGAGAAUCGCGCUGGCGAUAAUCCGAACAACAAUCUUCUGAACAACAAUUACAAGACCGCGCAGAGCUACGCCAAGAACACGUCGCACUCCACGACGACGAGUUACUCGUCCGUGCAGAAGUCGUCGAGUCCCGAUUAUGGCACGGGUUCGAGGUACGACGGUCAGACGGCCACUCGCACGCACGGCAUCCUGAAGAAUAAAAACAACAACUACUACGGCAAGCUCGCGGACACGACGGACGGUACCGCGACUCACGACAGGUACCUGAACAACGGCGGUGCCGUUUACGUGUCCCCGUCAUCUGGCAACAAGAGCGGAAUAACCGCUGUCGUCACCGGAAACGCGUUGGAAACACUGCCGGUGCAUCGGCCGACCACUUUCAGCGUCAACGGCGUGGAUCCCAAUAAGGUGUCCGUCACCGUUACCGGGCCCAAUGGCAAGACCGUGCCGCUACAGAAAUCGAAGCUGCGCGGUUUGACGUACACCAUCACCGCCGAGGAAGUCGGCGAACACGUCAUUCAAAUUCUGGUGAAUGGCCAGCAUGUCAAGGGAUCACCCUUUAGGUCGCAGGCGUAUAACGCCCGAGCUAUACAGGUCGGAAAGAUCCCGAACGGAGUGGUAAACCAGCCGGUAGAGUUUGAAAUUGACGGAUCGAGGGCCGGCUCAGGAAACCUGGAGAUCCUCGUAAACGGGGGUCACGUUACGAGUUUCGUGAGAGCGCUAGGUAGUCAACGUUUCUUGGCAUCGUUUGUCCCGCACGAAGCGGUUGCGCACCUGGUCGAAAUGACGUUCAACGGGGAAGUCGUCCCUGGAUCACCUUGGCGAGUUGGCAUCAUGCCUGCACCAAAAAUGUCAGUGAUUGGUGAUUCCAUCAGGCUGGUCCCUGCUGGUAGUCCUGCCCUCUUUGAGCUGUCUGCAUUAGGUUUCAGCAGCAGUGAGAUCGACGUCCAGAUCAUAACACCCUCGAAGAGGCACAUUCCCGCGAGAAUUGACGAGGAGCCCGGACGAUCCGGCGAGUUCCGCGUCGAGUUCACACCAACUGAAGUGGGCAGCCACCUCGUGGAAGUCAGCAUCGCGGGACAAAAGCUACCGGCGGGACCUCUCGUCGCCAAGGUGUACAACAGCAGUCUAAUCCAAGUUACUGACGUGCCUAGCGCUGUGGUUGGACAUGCCUGUCAAUUCAGAGUGGAUGCCAGCGCUGCUGGGGAAGGUCAGCUAGAGAUCUCCAUAAAUGAGGGUGAGGUGCCCAAUCAUGUCCAGGUGGUAGGCGGUGGCCGUUGUCUCGUAUCCUUCACCCCUGAGGUAGCCAAACCUCACUACAUUGACAUAAAGUUUAAUGGGGAAGCGGUACGUGGAUGUCCCUUCGUCUGCAAUGUGUCGGACACGAGUAGAGUCAUGUUGAGCUUGAAUCAUUUAGAACUGAUCCCAGUCGAACAGCCUGCCAGCUUUCACAUGGGAGUCGACGGAAGUGGCAGCGCAGAACUAGCAGUUUAUGUAAGGGGACCAAACAGCGAGUUGCCAGUUAAAGUCACUGGUAACGUAAGCAGCGGUUUUACCGCGGAAUUUAUACCGAAGGAAGUGGGAGUACACUCAAUUAGCGUAGAAUACAACGGUUAUCCCGUAAAUGGGACGCCGUUUUUGGCUAAAGCAUUUAACGCGGAUAAAGUGCUAAUUGGCCCUGUGGCUAGAGGUAGCGUUGGUCAACCAACCCACUUUACUGUCGAUGCAAGUCAAGCUGGUGAAGGAAACCUGGAGAUCACGAUAUCGGCUCGCGGCCAGAACAUACCGACGCAAGUGACACCGCAAGGAAACGCGCGGUUCUCCGUCAGCUUCGUACCGUUCGAGGCGUGCGAGCACGUUAUCAACAUUGCCUUCAAUAAAAAAACCGUGCCCGGCUGUCCUAUAGUAACGAGAGUAGGUGGCGAUAGCCACGUGACUGUGAGCGGGCAGGCGUUAAGCAGCGCUGGAUUAGGACGGCAAAGCUAUCUCACCGUCAGUAACGUUGCCGGUAGCUUGGAAGACUUAGAAGUUAACGUUGAAGGACCCAAUGGACAGGCCGUACCUGCUCAGGUCACUGACAACAAAGAUACGACAUGCAGCGUGGCGUUCACUCCGAGAGUCGUCGGCGAGCACCGGAUAUCGGUGAGCUAUCGUAACAUCCCAGUGGUCGGUAGUCCAUUCAGCUGUAAGGUAUAUGAUGUCACCGCAAUAAAAGUAAAGGACGCGAAGCGUGGUGUCAUUGGCAUGCCCGUAACUUUCUUAGUUGAGACUAGUCAGGCAGGACCUGGUAAUCUGGAGGUCACUGUAAACGGCGGACGUGUGCCGACGUCGGCACAGGCGCAGGGUCCUCACACAUACGCGAUCUCGUUCACACCCCGAGAACCGAUCGUACAUACUGUGGACCUACGUUUUAACGGGGAGGACGUGCCCGGCAGUCCGUUUAGCUGUCAGGUCAGUGAUACGGCAAAAGUACUGGUGACCGAGGUGCUCGAGAAAGUAUCUGUGAAUCGUGUCGCGACCUUCACAAUAGAGGCUGACGCGUCUCUUGGCACGCCUGUCGUUGAGGUGCUCUCUCCUACUAGAGAGAGUUUAUCUGUACACAUUAAGCAGAACAGUCAAGGCACCUACACUGCUGGAUUUACUCCGAAAGAUGUUGGCGAUCACAGCGUCGAAGUGAAACUCAGUGGAUCGCAUGUGGAAGGCAGCCCGUUUCUCGUCAAGGCUUAUAAUGCUGAUAAAGUAAAAGUGACGGAUAUAAAUAGCGGAGUUGUCGGAAAGCCGAUAUUUUUCAGCAUCAAUGCCAGUCAAGCUGGAGCUGGAAAUCUAGAGAUCAUAGUCGCGGUGAACGGCAAGAAUGUCCCGAAUUAUGUGCAAAGUGAGGGUAACGCAAAGUUUAGAGUCAAUUUUAAGCCACAAGAAGCUGCUGUACAUAGUCUCAGUGUCCGUUUUAAUGGAGAACCAGUUCCUGGUUCACCGUUCAGUUGCAAGGUAGUCGGUGCGGGUCAAGCGACAAUUUCCGGCCAUAAUCUGAAAAUGGGCGCUGUGAAGCGGCUGAUGUCUUUCACCGUGGAUCCCCAAACUGCAUCUACGAACUGCGACGUUAUCGCAACACCACCGUCAAGUAUCGCUCUGCCCAUCACCAUUGAACCUAUUGACGGAAAAUAUAACGUGAGCUUCGUGCCCACGGAAGUUGGUAGACACAACAUCAGCGUCCUGGUGGACGGUGAACCAAUAAAAGGUUCUCCAUUUGCCUGUAAUAUCUACGAUGUAACUAAGGUGCACGUAUCCGGUCUUACGGAGGCGUUGCUUGGCCAAGCAACCACAUUUACCGUUGACGCUGCGGAAGCUGGCGAGGGAACGUUGGAGUUGGUUGUGAGCACAGAGAACAACACCGUUAAAGCCGAGGUAGUGGCUUGCGCUCGUGGUCUUUAUGACGUUACAUUCGUACCACAAACGACGAGUACACAUUAUGUUAAUAUCAGUUUCAACGAUGACAAUGUGCCAGGGAGUCCAUUUAAAUGUCCCAUUGUUAGUAGUAUGUUACAUGGUCCAUCAAUGAUUCGAGUUGGUAAUACAGCAUAUGUAGAUCUAGAUAUGUCUGACUUGAACGGUCCUGUAGCUGCUGAAGUAACCGGCCCAGAUGGAAUAAUUAUUCCGUGCACGUUAACAAAGUUAUCAUCCAGUUUAUAUCGCGUGGAGAUUCGAACACGACAAGUGGGAACGUACAGUAUAAUAUUCAAUGACGGACACAAGCUGGUCAGUUCACAGACACUCCAAGCUUUCGAUCCCGGCAAGGUUUCUAUCAAGGAAAUAGCGGACGUAGUUUGUCAUCGACCAGGAACUAUUUUAGUUGUUGCAUCGAAGGAAGCUGGUCCUGGUAAACUGUCUGUCAAUGUGCGUGCCGGUGGUGCAGAUGUGGACAGUCUGGUAAGAGAAAGAGAAAACGGUGUCUACGAGAUUGUGUUCCAUCCUACACGAGCUGCGCCUCACAGAGUUCAUGUAAAAUACAACGAAGUCCAUAUUCCUGGGAGUCCAUUAGACGUAACAGUACGCGGUCCUACGGGAGGACGAGAAGUAACGGCAACAGGGUUAGGCCUGUAUCAAUCGUGCGUUGGGAAAGUGACAUCUUUCACGAUCGAGACUCUCGGGCGUCCCGGUAAAGAAUUCGAUGUCGUAAUCAGCGGUCCACAGGGUAACGCCGUACCCGUACGUUGUUACCAACAUCGCGAUGGUAAUCUGCUCGCUGAAUUCACAACGAAUAACGUCGGCACGUAUAAAAUCGACGUAUUGCACGGAGCAAAACCGGUAUUGGGCUCGCCAUUUUUCUGCCAAGCCUUCGAUGCUGCUAAGGUGAAGCUUCAAGAAUUAGGUCCCAUGACAAUUUCUGUUCAUGAUCACAUCGCAUUCAAACUGAUGAAAGCUGACGCCGGCACGGCCGACCUGGACGUGACGGCGACGAGUCCGUCGGGCCAGGAGAUCCCGCUGCAGGUCACUCCGCUCAACGACGGCGCCGAGAUGAUAGAGUUCUCGCCCAGCGUGCCCGGCACUUAUAUGAUCAACGUUACUUACGGCGGGUGUUCCGUGCCUGGAACUCCAGUGGUGUGCACCGUCGAUGCAGUCGGACAGGCCCGCGCGAAAGGCGAGGGAUUGUUAAGUGGUCAUGUGGGUAAACCGGCACACUUUAUCGUCACCGGCACGAGAAGUCCGCCGGCAGUUCAGGUGGAUGGACCGGACAGUGUGUCCAAGGCGACCAUUGAAGCUGGCGCUAAUCCCGGCACGUGGAACGUGUCUUAUGUGCCGAGUGAGGUCGGAGUGUUCGACAUAAGAGUCGUCUGCGCCGGGCAACAGUUGCCAGGAUCCCCGUGGCAUCCGAAGAUCAUUGACACGCGGAAUCUUCGCGUUAUCGGUGGCUGGUCCGCUGUUUGUGACGAUAUCGGUCGCUUGAAACUGCAUCCAUCCAAUAAGAUCAGCUUCGACACCGCGGAAGCCGGACCCGGUGAGAUCACCGGAACUGUCGGCGAUCAACCUCUCGCCUUCGAAAUGACAUCUAGCAACAGGCUGAAGCUCGUUCCGCCCCAAAUAAGUAACGGCGAACAUCGUUUGGAAAUACUGUUCAACAGCACACCAUUUCCCGGAGCACCAAAGCUCGCGCUCGUGCAGGAUUUGGAGCCGCCGGUGCAAGAUACAAGUCGAGUAUUGCUAAAGGGACGAGGAUUAACAUCGGCCAAGUGCGGCGAGGAAGUCAGUUUUACCAUAGACGGUUCUCAAGCCGGUAAUGGAACCCCGAAAGUGCAAUUAUUUUCACCUACCAGCGAACUUAAUGUCAUGUUACAACAUCUAGGCGACAGUGUUUAUCGUGCAAGUUAUAUACCGCUAACACCGGAUCCGCUCUUAAUGACUGUCUCGUGGAAUGGAAGGCAAUUGAAGGGCUGCCCGUUGCAAAUUAACGUUACGAGCGCAGCCGACGCGUCUAGAGUCAUCUGUUCCGGAGACGGACUUAAGCACGGUAUCGUUGGACAAGAGAUCAGAAGUUUUAUCGAUACCAGAAGAGCUGGCCCAGGUGAGUUAACGGCACAUUGCGUUGGACCGCAUAAAGUAGCGUACUGUGAACUGUACGAUCAUGGUGAUGCCACGUUCACGCUGAAUGUGAAGCCUCAAGAGGCGGGACGGCAUGCAUUAACUAUUAAAUACGCCGGAGAACAUGUUCCCGGUUCUCCGUUUACAUUACGCGUCUCCGGAGCCCCGGAUGCUUCAAAGGUUCGCGUUUAUGGACCUGGAAUCGAACACGGUGUACUAGCUACUUUCCAGUCGCGAUUUAUUUGCGACACACGAGGUGCCGGUGCCGGUCAGCUUACAGUGAGAGUACGCGGACCUAAGGGAGCAUUCAGAGUGGAGAUGCAACGGGAGACUCAAAAAGAUCGAAUUAUUCUCUGUCGAUACGAUCCGACGGAACCCGGGGAUUAUAGAGUAGAGGUUCGUUGGGCUGGUGUGUUGGUGCCAGGUUCUCCGUUCCCCGUUAAGAUUGUCGACACGCAAGACGAAUUACUUAUGCUCACACAGGGCGGAGAUAAUUAUUCGACAGGCCAUCAUACUAUUACAUCGUGGCGUGGAUCGCAAGCUAUAUUGUAAAAACGCCGCGGCUAACAUUGUUAUUAUAUGUUUUGUAUGGACUAAUAUAUUUGAUAAUAUAUGGUAAUUAUUGUAACUUAUGUGCAAACGUUAAUAAACUCAACAUUCCGAUUAA